AAUAUCAAACACCUAAUACGCACAGAGAGUGUGAGGAAAGGAAUCAGUUAUGGGAAACAAAGCGGCUCUUUUGCUUUUACUGCUUGUGGUGGGUUAUGGAGUGAGCGUUUCAAUGGGGUAUAGAGAAGAGGGAGAGGAAGAGUGGGGCCCAGAAGAGCGAAGAAGAGAAAAGUACCCAGAAGAGGGAAAAGCAUCGUUCUUGUUGCAGGACUCAAAGAGAGUGGUGAGAACUGAUGCAGGAGAGAUGAGGGUAGUGAGGAGCUUUGGAGGAAGAAUUGUGGACAGACCUAUGCACAUUGGGUUCAUUACUAUGGAGCCUCAGAGCCUCUUCAUUCCUCAGUAUCUUGACUCCAGUUUGAUCAUCUUCAUUCGUCGAGGAGAAGCAAAGAUUGGACAUAUUUACAAAGAUGAACUGUCGGAGAGGUCAUUGAAGGAUGGUGAUAUAUAUCGCAUUCCAGCUGGUUCUGCAUUCUAUAUAGUGAACACAGAGGAGGGUCAGAGGCUUCACAUCAUAUGCAGUAUUAACCCAUCUGAGAGCUUGGGCUUAGGUCUCUUCCAGUCUUUCUACCUCGGCGGAGGGUCAUAUCCUACGUCUAUUCUUGCCGGUUUCGAUCCUGAAACACUCACAAAUGCAUUCAAUGUCACAAGGAAGGAAUUGAGAGAUAUUUUUAGCAGGCAACAAGGAGGUCCAAUCGUAUUCGUUGGCGAUUCUCGUGCGCCAAGGGUAUGGUCAAAAUUCCUUCAACUGAAAGAGAAAGAUAGGCUCCAACACCUAAAGAGAAUAGUGGAUUACCACCAAGAACAAGAAGAACAAGAAGAACAAGAAGAAGACCAAACAAAAUGGUCUUGGAGAAAGCUCUUGAUUUCUGUAUUCGGAGAGGAAAACAGGAGGCAGGGUGACAGGACUGGUAAAGCCCCUGACUGCUACAACAUCUAUGGUAGAAGUCCUGACUUCAAAAACAGAUAUGGUUCCAGCAUGGCCAUUGAUGCAUCCGAUUACAGCCCCCUCAAACAUUCCGGCAUUGGAAUCUAUUUCGUCAAUCUGACCGCGGGAUCAAUGCUGGCACCCCAUCUAAAUCCAACAGCAACAGAGUAUGGAAUUGUUUUGAAAGGAACCGGUAGAAUUCAGAUUGUGUACCCCAACGGUACCUCGGCCAUGAACGCUAAAGUAAGCGAAGGCGACGUGUUCUGGGUACCAAGAUACUUUGCCUUCUGUCAAAUUGCAUCCCGGACAGGCCCAUUCGAGUUUUUUGGAUUCACAACCUCUGCGCGGAAGAACAGGCCUCAGUUCUUGGCUGGUGCAAACUCACUUCUACAUGUUCUCCAAGGCCCGGAGCUUGCAGCUUCAAUGGGUAUUAGUGAGGACAGGAGUAGGCGCUUCCUUGACUCGCAACGUGAGGCCGUUAUAUUGCCUUCAGCAUCUGCAGCACCUCCAGACACUGAGUACCACAAGGAGGAGACAUUGAUGCCAAAGAUGUUCAAGAGCUUUGAGAAUGAUAUGAUUAUGGGGUUUGAUUAGAGAGGAGUAGAGUAGUGAAUAAAAUGGGGUUGUAGUUUGUUCAGUUUCCACUUUGUUUCUCCUAGUGGUUUGUUCAAGAUUUCUGUGUUUUCUGGAUGUGAAUAAAAUAUUGAA